UGGACCUUGGACGAGUCGGUCGUUGCCGCUCGUCUCUUUGUGUGUGUUGUGGUUAAAGUGUAGUUAAAGUGUAGGCUGCUGCGCUGAGCCGCCGCUCUCUCUCUUCACAGAUUCGGGCUGUGCCCGGUUCUUCGCUUUGUUUUAGUGACUUCGUAAUUUUUUCUCUGGUCAAGUGACUAAAAAGUGCUUAAGUGAAGUGUUGGUGUGAGUGAAACAUGGGACUCUUUACGGGAUUUGCCGCUCUAGCGGCGCUGAUCCUUUUAGGGUCAGUGUCGUGUGAGGACGAAACGAUAGGUCCUAUAUUCAUGAAAGAGCCGCCAAACCGAGUUGACUUCAGUAACACGACCGGUGCCGUAGUGGAAUGUGCCGCCCGAGGAUCCCCCGCCCCCGACGUCAUUUGGGUUAGAGCUGAUGGAACAGCCGUGGGGGACGUCCCUGGAUUGCGACAGGUGUUGCCGAAUGGAAACCUUGUAUUUCCUCCGUUCCGUGCUGAGGAUUACCGUCAAGAGGUUCAUGCCCAAGUGUACGCUUGUUUGGCAAGGAACCCUGUAGGUACCAUCCACUCCCGAGAUGUUAACGUACGAGCCGUUGUAUCACAGGCUUAUGAUGUUAAAUUCUGGGAAGAAUACGUUUUGCGCGGUAACGCGGUCAUUUUAAAAUGUCAAAUUCCAAGUUUUGUAUCUGAAUAUGUCUCAGUAAAUUCCUGGAUCAUUUCCGAAGAUGAGGAUGCACAGGAAAUAAAAAUUGAUGAAUCUUCUAAUUUAGUUGUUUCUCAGGCAUACGCCGUAAAUCUGAUGGAAGAAUAUGUUUUAAGAGGUAACGCGGCUAUUUUAAAAUGCCACAUACCAAGCUUCGUAUCAGAAUACGUCACUGUUAUUUCGUGGAUCAUCAGUGAGGAUAACGAGGUGGUUGAGAUCAAACUAGAUUCUGCUCAUAACUUAGACGAGGGAAAAUAUUUAGUACUGCCAUCUGGUGAAUUACAUAUCAGAGAUGUUGGUCCCGAGGAUGGGUACAAAUCUUAUCAAUGCCGAACUAAACAUAGACUGACUGGUGAAACACGCUUAUCCGCUACUAAAGGACGACUGGUCAUUACUGAGCCAACAAAUAAAAUAUCCCCUAGAAAAGAUUCUACUAAACUUUUUGAAGGUUGGGAAGUAUUCUUCGUGCCGCGAAAUAAUGUGGCCUACAUGACAUGUCAAGUUUCUGCUUUCCCAUCGCCUUUAUUUAGAUGGUACAAAUUUAUUGAUGGAUCAACACGUAAACAACCAGUAACACUUAAUGACAGAGUGAAACAAGUGUCUGGUACACUGAUUAUUAAAGAGGCAAAAGUUGAGGAUUCCGGAAAAUAUCUAUGCGUUGUAAACAAUUCUGUGGGAGGUGAAUCAGUAGAGACUGUUUUAACUGUGACUGCUCCCCUCAAAGCUGCUGUUGAGCCUGCAACACAAACUGUUGAUUUUGGACGACCCGCUGUAUUUACUUGCAAAUAUGAAGGCAAUCCCAUUAAAACAGUCACUUGGUUAAAGGACGGCAAGGAUAUGAAUCAUCAUGAUGCUGUUUUGAGAAUCGAAUCCGUCAAGAAAGAAGAUAAGGGCAUGUAUCAAUGUUUUAUUCGAAAUGACCAGGAGAGUGCUGGUGCUAGCGCUGAAUUAAAGCUUGGUGGACGAUUCGAGCCGCCACAAAUUCGUCAUAGUUUCGGAGAGCAAACCCUACGUUCUGGCCCUUCACUACGAUUGAAAUGCGUUGCAUCCGGCAAUCCUACUCCCGAUAUCACAUGGUUUCUUGAUGGCGACAAACUGUCCAGCGGCGAGCGUCUGCAAAUUGGUCAAUUCGUCACAGCUGAUGGAAACGUUGAGUCGCACCUUAACAUUUCAUCAGUACAGACCAACGACGGUGGAUUAUACUCAUGUGUCGCGCUAAGCAAGGUUGGCAGCGCGUCGCACUCUGCUCGCGUAAAUGUUUACGGCCUCCCUUACAUCCGCCCGAUGAAGAAACGACCAGUUGUCGCUGGAGAUACUCUCAUCGCACACUGCCCCGUGGCCGGAUAUCCCAUCGACUCUAUUAUAUGGGAGAGAGAUGGCCGAAAUUUACCAAUCAACCGCAAGCAGAAAGUGUUCCCCAAUGGAACUCUCGUCAUUGAAAACGUAGAGCGUAUCAGCGAUCAAGCCACAUACACUUGCGUAGCCAAGAAUUCACAAGGUUACAGUGUCAAAGGAAAUCUCGAACUUCAAGUCAUGGUGGUUCCACAUAUAAUACCAUUUGAAGUUGAAGAAUCAAUAUUUGCUGGUGAAUCGGUACAUCUUACAUGUCAUGUAUCGAAAGGUGAUCGUCCAUUACAAAUAUCGUGGAGAUUUCAAGGAAAAGAAAUACCUUAUCAUAAUAGUAUGGGCAUAACAACCACCAAGCUUGGAGAAAAAGCUUCUGUUUUAAGUAUACCGACUGCAAUGGGCCAGCACAGUGGGAAUUAUACUUGUACAGCCAGUAAUCGUGCUGGGCGAGUUCAUCACUCUGCUCUUGUCAACAUUCAUGUUGUUCCUCACAUCAAACCUUUUGAAUUGGAUGAAGCGGUAUUUGCGGGCGAAUCCGUACAUCUUGAUUGUCACGUAUCUAAGGGUGAUACGCCUUUGAAUAUAUCUUGGAGCUUUCAAGGAAAACCAAUUACAUCUCGAAUGGGGUCAAAGAUUAUGAUAUUGAGUGAACGUGUCUCUGUUCUGGAUAUUCCAAAUGCAUUGGGUCAAAAUAGCGGCAACUACACAUGUACUGCAUCCAACAGAGCGGGUACCAUCAGCCACACUGCUCUUCUAAACGUCAUCGUCCCUCCAAAUAUUCUGCCGUUCAAAUUCGGCGAAAAACCCGCAAACGUCGGAGAAUAUUUACAAGCAGCGUGUACUAUUAAUCUUGGUGAUCUUCCCCUCACAAUCACAUGGAUGGUUAAUGGGCAACCCAUAUCGCAAAGAAACAAUAAUUAUGUUAUAAAUAACUCGAAACGAAGUAGUUUACUUAUAAUAGAAUCCGUAGAUGCCAAGCACGCUGGUUCAUAUAUGUGCAUUGGAAAAAAUCGUGCGGGAAGCACUACUUAUUCUGAAGACUUAGUCGUUUACGUUCCACCGUUAAUUGUGCCGUUCAGUUUUGGUGAGAUGCCCUACAAUCCGGGAGAUACAGUAGUAGUGAACUGCGUUGCUACGAAAGGAGAUCUGCCUCUCGACAUUUCGUGGACAUUCAGCAGUGAAACUUUAGACUCCAGCCUUCACCGAGACAUCAUGACAAUGCAACUAGGUCCACGCGCUUCCGCUCUUACGAUCAAUCCGGUCAGCGCGAACCAUCAGGGAAACUAUACUUGCAUCGUGCAGAACGCAGCUGGCCGCGUCGAAUAUGCUGCUACUCUCGUCGUCAACGUUCCUCCACGUUGGAUUUUGGAACCUACUGAUAAAGCUUUUGCGCAAGGUUCAGAUGCUAAGGUUGAAUGUAAAGCCGAUGGUUUUCCUAAGCCUCAAGUUACAUGGAAGAGGGCCGAAGGAGACACACCUGGCGACUAUAAAGACCUAAAGCCAAACAAUCCUAAUGUAAAAGUGGAGGAUGGAGCAUUAACUAUUGAUAACAUCCAAAAAACAAAUGAAGGUUAUUACCUCUGUGAAGCUGUCAAUGGAAUUGGAUCUGGACUAUCUGCCGUAAUCUUAAUUAGUGUUCAGGCACCACCUCAGUUCGAAAUUAAAAUGAGAAAUCAAACUGCACGUCGAAGUGAACCAGCUGUAUUACAAUGUCAAGCCAAGGGUGAAAAGCCUAUUGGAAUAAUCUGGAACAUGAAUAACAAACGCCUCGAACCAAAAUUAGAUCCUCGCUACACUAUUCGAGAAGAAAUUCUUUCUGGAGGAGUUGUUUCUGAUUUAAGUAUUAGGAGAACGGAACGAUCAGAUAGUGCAUUAUUUACUUGUGUAGCUACCAAUACCUUUGGCUCUGAUGAUACCAGUAUCAACAUGAUUAUUCAAGAGGUUCCUGAAGCACCUUAUGGUUUGAAAGUUUUGGACAAAUCUGGGAGAACUGUACAACUUUCGUGGGCUGCACCUUACGAUGGAAAUUCGCCUAUCAAGAAGUUCCUUAUUGAGUACAAACGUGCUAAGGGUACCUGGGAAAAAGAUAUUGACAGAGUUCUUGUCCCUGGUGACGCUACAGAAGCUGGUGUAUUUAGUUUACGACCUGCCACUGCUUACCACAUAAGAAUUGUAGCUGAAAAUGAAUUAGGUACUUCAGAACCAUCGGAAACCGUAACGAUUAUCACUGCUGAAGAAGCUCCAAGUGGCCCACCCCAAGAUGUAAAGGUAGACGCUGUAGAUAGACAUAUAUUGCGGGUAACAUGGAAACCUCCCCCGCCCCAGGAUUGGAAUGGCGAACUCCAAGGGUAUUAUGUUGGUUACAAACUGGCUUCAAGCAACAAAUCAUUCGUAUUUGAAACAGUUGAUAUCUCAAAGGAGUCUGGCAAAGAACAUCAUCUCGAUAUUUCGAAUUUAAAAACCUACACCCAAUACGCUAUGGUGGUUCAGGCAUUUAACAAAAUGGGUUCUGGUCCGGUAUCUACUGAAGUUAAAGCGUACACUGCUGAAGGAGCUCCGUCUGCCCCUCCUCAAGAUGUUUUCUGCACUACUCUUACUGCACAAACUAUUCGCGUUUCAUGGGUUUCACCUCCUCUUACCGCUGCAAAUGGUCUUAUUAAAGCCUACAAGGUGAUAUAUGGACCUAGUGGAACUUGGUAUGAUGAAAAGACCAAGGACACCAAAAUUACGGCAAGCAGUGAAACAAUCUUACAUGGACUCAAGAAGUAUACUAACUACUCAAUGGAAGUGCUAGCUACUACAAACGGAGGUGAUGGUGUACGAUCUACCCCAAUCCACUGCCAAACUGAACAAGACGUUCCCGAAGCACCUCGUGCUGUAAAAGCUCUUGUCAUGGGACCUGAUUCAAUUCUUGUAUCCUGGAGACCUCCAGCACAACCCAACGGUGUUGUUACGCACUACAAUGUAUACACGCAGGCACAGAACGCUGAACCGCAUCCCAACAAGGUUCCUGCAUCUCAAACCAGCUACUCUGCAACAGACUUGAAAGCCGGUCGAUAUGAUUUCUGGGUUACUGCUUCUACCAUUAUUGGCGAAGGGCAAUCUUCAGCAACGGCUUCUUGCAGCCCUAGUGACAAAGUUCCCGCAAAAAUUGCUUCCUUUGAUGAGUCGUUCAUUGCUACCUACAAGGAAGACGUAAAGCUGCCGUGCCUUGCCGUCGGCGUGCCUCCUCCAAACAUUUUGUGGAAGGUCAAGGGACAACCUCUGGAAACAUUGGAACGUAUACGUCAACUGCCUGAAGGGUCGCUUCAGAUUGCUGGAGUAGCGCGCGAGGACGCCGGCGAGUAUUCAUGUCACGUGGAUAAUCAAUUUGGCACAGACACCGUUACCCACACGCUCUCUAUUCUUGCGCCACCCUUCCCCCCACAACUGACUAUUGCGGCGUCGUCGGUGUCAUCACUCACUCUGCGCCUGAAGCCAUCUGACGAAGCUGAACAAUCACCCGCCGCCGGUUACUCUAUACACUACAAGCAAGAGUUUGGAGACUGGGAAACUGUUCAGAUUCCUUCUCACACCGAUACUUACACAUUAGAAAACUUAUUUUGCGGAUCUAAAUAUCAAUUAUAUGUCACGGCCUACAACGGGAUCGGCACAGGUGAAGCAUCGGAUGUUGUAUUCGCUGGAACUCGUGGCUCCAAACCUCCAGUGCCCAGGGCCACUGACUUCAUCGAGGUCGGCAGUUCUUCGGUUACGCUUCACCUUAAACAAUGGCUCGAUGGCGGCUGCCCUAUGAGCCACUUCGUAGUCGAAAACAAAAAGAAGGGCACCGCUGAAUGGAAUCAAAUUUCGAAUGCAGUAAAACCAGGCGGCAAUUUUGUUGUACUUGACCUGGAGGCCGCUACUUGGUAUACUUUAAGGAUUACAGCACAUAAUAACGCAGGUUUCAACGUCGCCGAGUAUGAUUUCGCAACCCUCACUAUGACUGGUGGAACUAUCGCACCGCUACCCAACAAUGUGGACGGCGGCAAGGACUUACCAGUGUGGGUCAAGGCUUGGUUGGAACCCGAAGUAUUGGUGCCCAUUCUAGCGACUAUUGUCGUGUUCAUUGUGGGAGUCGUCGUCAUCUGUCUUACACUUGCACGUAGAAAUGCUCCACAUCGGCUGCGAGGUCAGAAGGACGUGUACUAUGAUGCAGUGUAUAAUGCGUCCCAAGCCGCGAUGGGCGGAGGCGGAGGCACGCUCGACAAGCGCGGCGGACUGCGUGACGAACUCGGUUAUAUUGCGCCCCCCAACCGCAAGCUGCCACCCGUUCCUGGCUCCAACUAUAACACCUGCGAUAGAGUUAAGCGUCAGGCCGUUAUCAUGGGCGCGCAUUCUACGUGGGACCCGCGUCGUCAUCACUACGAGAGGGUGCGACGUCCUCGUAUGCGCCGCACUGGUUCCGGAGACACCAUUUCCACAGGCAUGGAAGAUGAAAUCUGCCCAUACGCGACAUUCCAUCUGCUAGGCUUCCGCGAAGAGAUGGAUCCAAGCAAGGCGCUGGCAUUCCCGCAUCACCAUGCUGCGCAUGCUGGUACCCUCGCACAUCCUCACCCCCACCACCCCGCGCACUCCCGAGCUGGGUCACAGAGCAUGCCAAGAGCUAACAGCCGCUAUGCCCGUAAGAACUCUCAGGGAGGACAAAGUGCUAUUUAUUCUACUGCUCCCGAAUACGACGACCCCGCUACCUGCGCCGAAGAGGAUCAAUACCGCGCUCGCUACUCCCGACCUAUGUACGCAUGCGGACCUGAGUAUGACGAACCUGCUUGCUGUGCACCUGAAGACGAACAAUAUGCCGGCGCUUAUGGCACCCCCUAUUCCGAUCACUAUGGAUCACGACCUAGCAUUGGAACACGCAAGUGCGGCGGAUCUCCCGAACCUCCCCCACCACCACCACGUAACGUCAACAACGACAACAACUGCUCCUCCUCAUUCAACGAAAGCAAGGAUUCGAACGAAAUUUCCGAGGCCGAAUGUGACCAACCACGCAACUAUCCUGUCAGGGCCCACACUGCCAAGGACGGCAUGCACAGCGAGGAAAUGAGGAAACUCAUUGACAGACCAGAAGCAGCCACCCCAAUCCCCCAGCAAGCAAUCCACGGGCGGGGGGGACUCACAGCCUACGAUACUGUGGCAGUGUAACUUGUAAAUCAAGACCACAACCACAGAGCGACACGCAGCCAACUCGGUGUUUUUAAUUUUAUGGACCAUCAACAUCUUGCUGAAACAAUGUAGCCCAUUUUAUUUAGCGGCAAUAUUUACGCUAAUUAAAUUAUGCCAAGCGCUGCGAACAAUUGUUUUCAGCAAGAUAGUGAUCCUAGUGCCAAAAAAUUACCUUUAUUUUAUUUAAUUCAUUUUAUUAGUGUGUCGCUAAUUUGUGUUGCUGUUUCCUUUUGAAAUUAUCCCAACUUAGUUGGCUGGAUUUUUCUUUUAGUUUUAAUUCUACGUGGGCACGAGUUGUGCCAUAUUCGUAUUAUUUAUAUGUAGGUUUGGGCUCAACAAGUCUGUAGUAAAAUUGCAUAGUUGGUUGACGUCUGCUUUUCUAGUAGAGGCUACCUGUACCGGCGCGUCAUUUUGUAGUAUUACCAUGAAAUAUAUAAAACGGAAAAUUAUGGUUGUGGUAGUUAUUUCAAAUUGAUAUACCUAUAUUCGUUUUAGUAAAGUGACGCGUUCUCUAAACCUAACCAAAUACAUAAUAUUAAUUAGAUACCUGCAUGUAAUAGACAGCGAUAAUAAGCCAAGUGUCGCACGUUUACUACAGACAGAUGCUGUGUCGACAGCGAGUUAAUAUUUACCUUAUUUGAUCUUAUUUGUUUAGCUUAAUUUAAAAAUUAAAAUGAGUAUUGGGUUUACCACAAAGUUUCGGUUUAAAUUAAGCUCAACAAUUUAACAAUGUGAUAUUUUUGUAUUUUUAUCCCGUUUUAUUUUUACGUGAUGUAUUACUAAUACGUUAUUUGUACUCGUAGAAAGGUAAUUUAUAGAUAAUCCAGCAAUGGCUUGGAUGUGACAAUGCUUCCUUUUAAUUAGUAAUGUUAUAGUUUUCUUAACGACUUUGAAUUAUUAUUGCCCUUCUAUACUCCUUUUUUUUUCUAUUACGUUUGCGUUUACGCAUAUACUAUUUAGAUUAAGAUUAGUGUUAAGCUUCUUUUUAUAGUAAUUAAUCAAUUAAUCAACUUUUAAAAAAGUAACUACUAUUUAAUCAGUAGCUAGUUAGUAACAUACUAUGUGUUACAUUAUAAUUAUAUGAAAUUUAAUAUUAAAGGUAAACUAUUUUAAUCGCCGCGAUGAAAUAUACACCUAUGGGACAUAGGUAUACAUAUAUACUAUUACAAUAUAGUUACCUUACCAGUAUAAAGGAGUAACAAAUUGAACAUCAUCGAAGAAGUAAUAAACAUUACUGACAUGGAAUUUAAAUGCUUUUUAAUAUUACUCUAGUAUACUAAGGCGCAUUUUUAUUAAUCAUACUAUUAAU